UUCACGAAGCUGCUAGAAGAAGAAGAGGAACGUGAAUGAACCUCACUGUCCGAAAAAGUGCGUUAAAUCUUAAAACCUCAAAAUGAGUCGCUCUUAUAACGAUGAGCUGCAGUAUCUGGAUAAAAUUGGAAAGAAUUGCUGGCGGAUAAAGAAAGGUUUCGUGCCGAAUAUGCAGGUGGAGGGAGUCUUCUAUGUGAAUGAUCCACUGGAGAAACUGAUGUUUGAAGAGCUGAGGAACGCGUGUCGCGGAGGAGGAUUUGGCGGCUUCCUACCAGCUAUGAAGCAAAUCGGAAAUGUCGCCGCCCUGCCGGGAAUUGUACAUAGGUCUAUCGGCUUACCGGACGUUCACUCUGGAUACGGUUUCGCCAUUGGAAACAUGGCUGCGUUUGACAUGGACGACCCUGAGGCUGUCGUCUCUCCCGGUGGAGUCGGGUUUGAUAUUAACUGUGGCGUGCGUCUGCUGCGGACAAACCUGGACGAGGGCGACGUGCAGCCGGUGAAGGAGCAGCUGGCGCAGUCCAUGUUUGACCACAUUCCUGUUGGAGUCGGAUCGAAGGGCGUCAUUCCCAUGGGUGCAAAAGAUCUGGAGGAAGCUCUAGAGAUGGGUGUUGAUUGGUCGCUCAGGGAAGGUUACGCCUGGGCUGAAGAUAAAGAACAUUGUGAGGAAUAUGGCAGAAUGCUCCAGGCCGACCCAAACAAAGUCUCGUCCAAAGCCAAGAAGAGAGGCUUGCCACAGUUGGGUACGCUGGGUGCAGGAAACCACUAUGCCGAGAUUCAGGUUGUGGAUGAGAUUUAUAACGACUAUGCGGCGAAGAAGAUGGGCAUCGAUCACAAGGGUCAGAUCUGUGUCAUGAUCCACAGCGGCAGUCGAGGCCUCGGCCACCAGGUGGCGACAGAUGCGUUGGUUGCCAUGGAGAAGGCGAUGAAGCGAGACAAGAUCACGGUAAACGACCGUCAGUUGGCUUGUGCACGCAUCAUGUCUCCUGAGGGUCAGGACUAUCUGAAGGGAAUGGCCGCCGCUGGUAACUACGCCUGGGUCAACCGAUCAUCCAUGACCUUUCUCACUCGACAGGCGUUCUCUAAAGUGUUCAACACGACACCUGAUGAUCUGGACAUGCACGUCAUCUACGACGUCUCUCACAACAUCGCCAAAGUGGAGGAGCACAUGGUGGACGGCAAACAGAGAACUCUACUGGUGCACAGGAAGGGCUCGACGCGAGCGUUCCCCCCUCACCAUCCGCUGAUCGCUGUAGAUUAUCAGCUGACCGGCCAACCAGUGCUGAUCGGAGGCACCAUGGGCACCUGCAGUUACGUGCUGACGGGCACAGAGCAGGGCAUGACCGAGACGUUCGGCACCACGUGUCAUGGAGCGGGUCGCGCACUGUCCAGAGCCAAAUCCAGACGUAACCUGGACUUCCAGGACGUUCUAGAUAAACUGGCAGACAUGGGCAUUGCCAUCAGAGUGGCAUCACCAAAGCUGGUAAUGGAGGAGGCACCUGAAUCUUACAAGAACGUCACAGAUGUGGUGAACACGUGCCAUGAUGCUGGCAUCAGCAAAAAGGCCAUCAAGCUCCGACCCAUCGCUGUCAUUAAAGGUUAAACUCCAUCAGAACUGCACGCAAGGCUCCAGAUACUUCAGACGGCACAGAUGAGUCCUUACCAUGAACUUCCUGUCGCAGUCUUCAAUAAUAGUACUGAAGAUUCAAUGCUUGAGCAUUGCACCAAAUCAUAAAACAAAGUGGGAUUUAGUUAAAAGUUCUCAAACUUUCUGCACUUCUGAAGGUGGAGUGACUGAAGAUUAUGUUUUCAAUUGACAAAACAAGAGUUUACGCACUAAGUUAUGUCUAAUAAAAUUAAGUUGCAUCAG